UUACAGGCAUGAGCCACCACACUCGGCCCACAAGUUUCGUUUUGAAGUAGUCCAGGGGCCUUGGUCCUGAAAGAGGUGAGGACUAUAAAUCGAAUAGUGAUGGUUUUAAAUGGGAGGGAAUGAAGUCUGCAAAAUUUCCCCAGAUUAUUUUGAAGAUCUCUUCUCCCCACCCCUCCUACCCUACGUUCUACAGUGUGGUCUAGGAGGAAAUCUGGAAGAAGAUUCUUGGGGGAGGGCUCCAGAACUCAGCUUCCCAGUUAAUGGCUGAUGGAAUUUACACAAGAGCUGGGCAAAGGUGAAAGGGCGGUGCCCAGCCCCAAAUUCCUUAUACCUUUGCUCCGCUUCAUUGACACCCCCACCUUCUCCCCACCCCAGACUUCACCCAAACUCUGACCUCUUACUCUGCCUAUUUAACUCUGGCCCUGGGCAGCCAAGACAAAGCAAAAGGCAGGGCAGCAUGAGCCGAUCACCUCUCAAUCCCAACCAGCUCCGAUCAGUGGGCUCACAGGAUGCCUUGGCUUCCCUGCCUCCACCUACUCCCCAGAAUCCCUCCACCCACUCUUGGGAUCCUCUGUGUGGAUCUCUGCCCUGGGGCCUCAGCUUUCUUCUGGCUCUGCAGCAUGUCUUGGUCGUGGCUUCUCUGCUCUGUGUCUCCCACCUGCUCCUGCUUUACAGUCUCCCCCCAGGAGGACUCUCAUACUCCCCUUCUCAGCUCCUGGCCUCCAGCUUCUUUUCAUGUGGUGUGUCUACCAUCCUGCAAACUUGGAUGGGCAGCAGGCUGCCUCUUGUCCAGGCUCCAUCCUUAGAGUUCCUCAUCCCUGCUCUGCUGCUGACCAGCCAGAAGCUACCUCUGGCCAUCCAGACACCUGGAAACUGUGAGCACAGAGCAAGGGAAAGCGCCUCCCUCAUGCUGCAUCUGUGUAGGGGACCUAGCUGCCACGACCUGGGGCACUGGAACACUUCUCUCCAGGAGCCGGGGCAGUGGUCGUAUCUGGACUGUUGCAGGGCACGCUGGGGCUGCUGGGGAGUCCUGGCCGCGUGUUCCUCCACUGUGGGCCCCUGGUACUGGCCCCCAGCCUGGUUGUGGCAGGGCUCUCGGCCCACAGGGAGGUGGCCCAGUUCUGCUCUGCUCACUGGGGAUUGGCCUUGCUGGUCAUCCUGCUCAUGGUGGUCUGUUCUCAGCACCUGGGCUCCUGCCAGUUUCAUGUGUGCCCUUGGAGGCGAGCUUCAACCUCAUCAACUCACACUCCUCUCCCUGCCUUCCGGCUCCUCUCGUCUCGCCCCUCAGGUGCUGAUCCCAGUGGCCUGUGUGUGGAUCAUCUCUGCCUUUGUGGGGUUCAGCGUUAUCCCCCAGGAACUGUCUGACCCCACCAAGGCACCGUGGAUUUGGCUGCCUCACCCAGGUGAGUGGGAUUGGCCUUUGCUGACACCCAGAGCUCUGGCUGCAGGCAUCUCCAUGGCCUUGGCAGCCUCCACCAGCUCCCUGGGUUGCUAUGCCCUGUGUGGCCGGCUGCUGCAUUUGCCUCCCCCACCUCCACACGCCUGCAGUCGAGGGCUGAGCCUGGAGGGGCUGGGCAGUGUGCUGGCCGGGCUGCUGGGAAGCCCCAUGGGCACCGCAUCCAGCUUCCCCAACGUGGGCAAAGUGGGUCUUAUCCAGGCUGGAUCUCAGCAAGUGGCUCACUUAGUGGGGCUACUCUGUGUGGUGCUUGGACUCUCCCCCAGGUUGUCUCAGUUCCUUACCACCAUCCCGCUGCCUGUGCUUGGUGGAGUGCUGGGGGUGACCCAGGCUGUGGUUUUGUCUGCUGGAUUCUCCAGCUUCUACCUGGCUGACAUAGACUCUGGGCGAAAUAUCUUCAUUGUGGGCUUCUCCAUCUUCAUGGCCCUGCUGCUCCCAAGAUGGUUUCGGGAAGCCCCGAUCCUGUUCAGCACGGGCUGGAGCCCCUUGGAUGUAUUACUGCAUUCACUGCUGACACAGCCCAUCUUCCUGGCUGGACUCUCAGGCUUCCUGCUAGAGAACACCAUUCCUGGCACACAGCUUGAGCGAGGCCUAAGUCAAGGGCUACCAUCUCCUUUCACUGCCCAAGAGGCUCGAAUGCCUCAGAAGUCCUGGGAGAAGGCUGCUCAAGUGUACAGACUUCCUUUCCACAUCCAAAACCGGUGUCUCUGCAUCCCCCAGCCUCUCCGCUGCCUCUGCCCACUGCCUGAAGACCCUGGGGAUGAGGAAGGAGGCUCCUCAGAGCCAGAAGAGAUGGCAGACUUGCUGCCUGGCUCAGGGGAGCCAUGCCCUGAAUCUAGAAGAGAAGGAUUUAGGUCCCAGAAAUGACCAGCACUCCUACUUCUGCCCUGGGUAGUUUAGCCCUAACUCACAUCUGCUGGAGAGUCAGAGGGUGUUCUUUCUCAUAGGUAGAGGGUGUAUGUGUUUGUAUUACAUGGGCCCACCUAGAGAUUCCAUUUCCCAAUAGGGUGGGUUACCUUUACUUGUCUUAAUUAGGCCUAACUGUUCCAGAGCAAAGGCCAUGAUUUAAUGGACCAUAAAUGAAUGAGAUUUUGCCUGUGUACUAUCAAUGCCACUUGAACCCCAGCAUUCACUUGAAUACUUAUUGAGCAUCUCCCACGUGCAAGGUCCUGGAGCUAGACAUAGAUAAGACAGGGUCCAUGCCCUCUUAAGGCAUUCACGGUUUAAAAAGACCUGUGUAAUUACGAAAAUGCAAAGCAGAAAGCAGUCUGUAAUAGAUUAAAAUAAUGUUGUGGCAGCAAAGAGGAA